CGCAGGGAGGGGGAGGGAGGUAAACAAGAUGGCGGCGGCGUGUCGGGCGCGGAAGGGGGAGGUGGUCCGGGGCGCCCGCGAGUGAGGCGCGGGGUGGUGAAGGGAGUGCGGGCGCUGGCACUUGCUGCCGCGGCCUUGGAUGCGCUGGGCCCCCCUCGCCGCUCCGCCUCCUCCACACGCGCGGCGGCCGCGGCGAGGGGGACGCGCCGCCCGGGGCCCGGCACCCUCGGGAACCCCCCGGCCCGGAGCCUGCGGCCUGCGCCGCCUCGGCCGCCCGGAGCCCCGUGGAGCCCCCGCCGCCGCGCCGCCCGGCGGACCGGACGCUGAGGACGCUCAGGGCGGGGCGCGUGCUCGGGCCGACGUUCGCGGGGAGGGGGUGCCUGCCGGGCCCCGGAGACCCCCGCGGGGGUCGCGCGCCGGCUCGGGGGGCGUCCAGUGCGAGCCCUCGCGGGCGCCGGGCGGUGACCGGCCCUGAGCGGAGCUGUUGGCUGCCGCGAGAGGCCGCCGGACGCCCCAGCCCCCCGAGCCCUCGCCCGGGCCGGCGGCAGUCGGCAGUCCCCGGGAGGUCCGCUCGGGCGUCCGCGGUGAAGCGUUUGCGCUUGGGACGAGCGGCGAGACCGGGGCGUCGCCGGAGACGCCCCCAGCGAAGUUGCGCUCCCCGGGUGUGGGGGUCCCGGGGGGCGGCGGCGUCGCGGAGCCUGCCCGUGGGAUGGGCGGCCCGGAGAAGAGCGCGCUCGGCCGUGUUCCUGCUUGUCCGCGGGCCUGAGGUCCCCGGAGGAUGACCUAGCACUGAGAACCCCCGGCCGGCCUCCCCAGGGUGCCCGCGGACGAAGCUGACCCCGACCGGGCCGUCCCCGCCCCGUGCCGAGGCCCGGGUCCCACUGGAAGUCGCGUCUGAGCCGCCGUCCCGGACCCCCGGCGCCCGCCGGUGCCGCAGACCCCGCAGCGGGCUCGGACUCGCAGCCCGGACUGACGUGUAGGACAAUCGUUUCUGUUGGAAGAAGGGUUUUUUUCCCCUUCCUUUUGGGAUUUUCGUUGCCUUUUUUUUUCUUUUUUCUUUUUGAAAUUUUGGAGAAGGGAAGUCGGGACACCAGGAAGGACCGCUCACCCGCGGACUCAGGGUUGGCGGCGGGACUCCAGGACGCUGGGUCCAGCAUGGAGGUGGUGGACCCGCCGCAGCUGGGCAUGUUCACGGAGGGUGAGCUGAUGUCGGUGGGCAUGGACACGUUCAUCCACCGCAUCGACUCCACCGAGGUCAUCUACCAGCCGCGCCGCAAGCGGGCCAAGCUCAUCGGCAAGUACCUGAUGGGGGACCUGCUUGGGGAAGGCUCCUACGGCAAGGUGAAGGAGGUGCUGGACUCGGAGACGCUGUGUCGGAGGGCCGUCAAGAUCCUCAAGAAGAAGAAGUUGCGAAGGAUCCCCAACGGGGAGGCUAACGUCAAAAAGGAAAUUCAGUUGCUGAGGAGGUUACGGCACAAAAACGUCAUCCAGCUGGUGGAUGUGUUAUACAACGAAGAGAAGCAGAAAAUGUAUAUGGUGAUGGAGUACUGUGUGUGCGGCAUGCAGGAGAUGCUGGACAGCGUGCCUGAGAAGCGCUUCCCGCUGUGCCAGGCCCAUGGGUACUUCUGCCAGCUGAUCGACGGCCUGGAGUACCUGCACAGCCAGGGCAUCGUGCACAAAGACAUCAAGCCGGGGAACCUACUGCUGACCACUGGCGGCACCCUCAAGAUCUCUGACCUGGGCGUGGCUGAGGUAGGCACACGCUGGGCGGGGCCCUGGGGCACCCCGUCCCGGGCACUCCCUGAGGGCUGCACGGCGUCUCCACAGGCAUUGCACCCGUUUGCGGCAGACGACACCUGCCGGACCAGCCAGGGCUCCCCCGCGUUCCAGCCCCCCGAGAUUGCCAAUGGCCUGGACACCUUCUCUGGCUUCAAGGUGGACAUCUGGUCGGCUGGGGUCACCCUCUACAACAUCACCACGGGCCUGUAUCCCUUCGAAGGGGACAACAUCUAUAAGCUGUUUGAGAACAUCGGGAAGGGGAACUACGCGAUCCCAGGCGACUGUGGCCCCCCGCUCUCCGACCUGCUGAAAGGGAUGCUUGAGUAUGAGCCGGCCAAGAGGUUCUCCAUACGGCAGAUCCGGCAGCACAGCUGGUUCCGGAAGAAACACCCACCAGCGGAGGCGCCGGUGCCCAUCCCGCCGAGCCCAGACACCAAGGACCGGUGGCGCAGCAUGACCGUGGUGCCGUACCUGGAAGACCUGCAUGGUGCGGACGAGGACGAGGACCUAUUUGACAUCGAGGACGACAUCAUCUACACUCAGGACUUCACGGUGCCCGGACAGGUCCCAGAAGAGGAGGCCAGUCAGAACGGACAGAGCCGGGGCCUGCCCAAAGCCGUGUGCAUGAACGGCACGGAGGCGGCGCAGCUGAGCACCAGGUCCAAGGCGGAGGGCAGGGCCCCCAACCCCGCCCGCAAGGCCUGCUCCGCCAGCAGCAAGAUCCGCCGGCUGUCGGCCUGCAAGCAGCAGUGAGGGUGGCCGCCUGCAGCCCGUGUCCAGGUGCCCGCGCCAGGCCCUCCUCCCGGAGAGGCGGCCGCCGUUCCGUG